AUGAUGUCUACAAACCCAGGCCAAAUCUCCCCCCUUGCGGGAAUAACCCGCUACAUCACCACCCACAACCCCUCCGGCCAAGCCAUCAUCCACUCGGAACAGCCCGUCACCUGGGACUCCUACCAGGACGGCGCGCUAGGCAUGGGGGUCGCCUACACGACCUCCGAAUUCCCCGCCAACCUAAACAACGAGACGGACAUCAAAACCCACGAGAAACUCAUGCACAAGAAUACCCUGGGCCUGGUGAACCCUGGCGGGACGGUGUGUCGGUUUGUCGACCUCGGGCCCGGUGGAGAGCCGUUCAUGCAUCGCACGCAGAGCCUGGACUACGGGAUUGUCCUGCAGGGGGAGAUUGAGAUGAUUCUGGAUUCGGGGGAGAAGAGGAUGUUGAAGGCGGGGGAUAUUGCUGUGCAGCGGGGAACGAAGCAUGCAUGGAGGAACCCGAGUGAGGUGGAGUGGUCGCGGAUGGUCUUUAUAUUGCAGGACAUUCAGCCGAUAGUGAUCGGGGGGGUUGUGCUUGGGGAGGAUGUCAGUGGGUCGGGGGAGAUCAAGCCUAGCCAGGGUGAUUGA